GCGGCAGCCAGGGAAUUAGGGGACACACAAAACAUUGGGUUCUCCUAUUGGAAGCAUCGCACUUGCAAUAGCAGAGCUAAUAAAGAUAUUAGAAAUUCGUACUAAAACCAUUCACCAGCUAGUAUGAAGCUCACAUUUAGCCUAGUGAUAACCGUGGCAUUGGUGGCCUCGCUCUGCUCGGCGAGCCCACUCUUGGUCACAAAGCACGUGGUGAAGAGACUAGUCGCAAAACACCAGCAACCAAAAACCGUCACACAUGCCGUGGUCUACACUCCGGUCGUCGCCCCAAAACCGCACCAUGUUGCCCAUUCUCCAGCGCUGCAUGCAAAGCUCGCCAGCACGCUCGGGGCGCUUCUGAAGACGCCUCUGCUACAACAUCCCUGGCUUGCCAAAUUCACACCGGGCGGUGUCGUUGAAGUGUACCGCAAAUAUGUACCCGGUGCCGCUCCGUAUCCUGCGGCCGUCCCUCCCCCAGUACUAGACCUACCGCACGAAGUAGAGGAGCAUCACACCGUGACCACCGUUGUAACGCAGCCACCACCACCUGCACCUGCCCCAACACCAGCUCCGGUCGUUGUUCCUGCCCCGGUGUACGGUGUACCAGCACCGACCUACGGCCUACCCGCUACCUCCGAACAUUCGUCCUCCUCCUCCUCAUCGGCUUCCAGCAGCUCGUCGGUGACGGCAUCAUCCGGUGCGAAGUAUGUCGCCGUAAAUCCUGGCGCGCGUCACGAAGCUCCCCUGCCAGGUUAUGACCAUUCGGUCGUUUUCGAAAACCUAGAACCCGCUCCCGGCACCGAAGGAUUAACGAUGUUGGUGCCGCCGGUCGUUUCCAACGAGCUGCACAACUGGAACGCCGAGCCGGUCGUGCUCCGGGGGCAGGAUCUGCUGUCCUCCGACUAUUUGCGAAUGGCCGAUGUACCCACCGCGGGGGUGGAAGGUACCGGUGACGGUGAGGCAAAGUACGUUGCCAUCAACAACGGUGUACGGCACGAAGCACCCCUGCCCGGAUACGAUCGUUCGAUCGUGAUCGAAAAUCUGGACACAGUUUAGUGAGCCACAAGCCCAAAGACCGAAGCCACUAGCUUCAAGCGCACAACGCAUUCUCUACUUGUAAAUCACAUGUCAAUGAGCAAUAAAGUGUAAAAAGGGUUGCUUUCGAAAUAACCGC